AUGUAGAAUUGUCGACGGAAUCAUUUGCAAGGCUCAUAUAACCGAAAGCCAGAACCAGUCUUGCAAUUCCGAUGACUUAACGGCGCUGAACGAUUUUCGCAAGUGCGUGGGCUCACCUGUUGAUGGCUGGGGGGUUAUUCCUGCCAGUGAAUGUUGCUCUUGGGCUGGAGUCGCGUGCGAUAACUCCACCGUGACACAAAGGAGGGUGAUUGGCUUGGAUCUUCAUGGCAGAGGACUCGCCGGAGAAAUUUGUGAAUCCUUGGCAGAUUUGGACCAGCUGAGCUCCCUUAAUCUGUCCCAUAACUACCUCCACGGUUUUCUUCCGCAUAAACUCUUUCAGAUGCAGAAUCUCCAGGUCCUUGAUUUGAGCGGGAACGAAUUCGUGGGUUCGUUUCCUCUUCACAUCCAUCUACCCCGCAUAAGGAUUUUGGAUGUCUCAGACAAUAACUUGGUAGGUUCUCUCACAUCAUCAAUUUGUGACAGAUCAUCCUCCAUUGAGUCACUUAAUUUAGCCAAAAAUUGGUUCCAUGGAGAAGUUCCUGUGAAUUUUGGCAACUGCACUUCUCUUCGGCGCCUCUUCCUCAAUGGGAACAGUCUAUCAGGGAGCCUGCCAGAUAGACUGUUCCAACUCGAGCACCUGUGCGAACUCCAGUUUCAGGACAAUGGCUUUUCAGGACUGCUGCAAGAAAGAAUCGGUAACCUCUCUAACAUUGUCAAGAUUGAUUUGUCUCAUAAUCUGUUCUCUGGAGUACUUCCAGACGUUUUCAGGGGUCUUCCGAAGCUCAAGCACUUUGCUGCCAGAUCAAAUAAAUUCUCUGGUCAGUUACCACCUUCACUGAUGAGCUCUCCGUCCCUUUCCACACUAGACUUGGGCAACAAUACUCUUCAUGGUCGUAUCAGUAUCAACUGUUCUUCAAUGGCUCGUCUUACUUCUCUCAACCUCGGUUACAAUUUAUUCCGAUGUCCGCUUCCCAAAAAUUUAUCUGCUUGUCAUAGAUUGAAUGUCCUAAAUCUAGCGAAUAAUCACUUAAGCGGAGCCAUUCCUUCCAGCUUCCAAAACCUCCAGGCACUUACACUGCUAUCUCUUUCAAGAACUGAAAUUAGUGAUCUGUCUAGUGCUCUGCAUAUAUUGCAGCGAUGCAGAAACUUAAGUGUGUUGGUCCUUUCUAUGAGUUUUCGAGGCGAGCAAAUGUUGGGACAUGCCGAUUUGCUGUUUCCGUAUCUGAAAGUGUUCGUGAUUGGCAACAGUCAAUUAAAAGGGUCAAUACCGGUGUGGUUAAGUGGAUGUGAAAACUUGCAACUGCUGGAUCUUUCGUGGAACCAAUUAAGCGGAAGAAUUCCUAGCUGGAUCGGCAAUUUUGAUUUCCUGUUGUACUUGGAUUUAGGGAAUAAUUCAUUCACCGGACACAUACCAAGGAGCUUGAGCGAACUACGAAAUUGCAUCAACAGGAGCAGAUGGUUCCCUCCCGGAGGCUCUCUAUCGAACGUGCCACUCUCUUUGAUGAAAGGAGACGGAAGAUCCUUGAUAUACAACCAAUUCUGGAGCUUGCCUUCAACCUUGGACCUAAGUUACAACAAGCUCAACGGACUAAUUUGGCCGAGUUUUGGAAACCUUAAGGGCCUUCAAGCAUUUCACCUGGAGAACAACCAAUUGUCUGGCAAUAUUCCGAAUAGCUUGUCGGGAAUGCAGAGUUUGGAGAAACUAGAUUUGUCUCAUAACGGUUUGACGGGAGAAAUACCGCCGUCCUUCCAGAAGCUGACUUUCCUAUCGAUUUUUGAUGUUUCAUACAAUAAGCUCUACGGUGCUGUUCCUUCGGGAGGCCAGUUUUCGACCUUUCCAGACUCGAGCUUCGAAGGAAACAUCGGCCUCUGUGGCGGUAGACCGAGCCUACACUCAUGUCAAUCACAACCACCAUCUGAUGAGCUUCCAAAAGACGUGGCUUCGACCGAGGGAACCGCGUAUUCUCUGAUGGGUUUCGGGAUCGGAGCAGCCGUAGGUUUCAUCUGGACAGUAAGCUUUUGCUUCCUCUCAGGCUGGGUGCUCGACAAGGGACGACGUAGACGGUGAACAAAAAGUAUGCAGUGUCUUACUAAUCUCA